AUGUCCUUACGCACUUUCCUGUUCCGGCAAUUACCCAGAACAAUUUACCACACUCAAAAAUACAGCCCCCAUGUGCCUUUACUACAAUCAGACGCACAUAACCUCAAUCUGUGCCCCCGUCGUUUUAACCACAAGGCAAUAAAGUGCUGGCAGUGUGGAAUUGAGCGCAAAAACCUUGGUGAACUCUUUUGUGAACAGUGCAAUUACAUACAGUCACCCCCCGAAAAAGACAAUUAUUUCAAAAUUUUCGAGUUGGAGGAAAAAUUUUCCAUUGAUCCAAAGCAACUCACUUCGAAGUAUCGGCAAAUGCAGGGUCUUUUACACCCUGAUAAGUUUUCAAACAAAUCUGACACAGAAAAGGAUAUUUCAGCCGAAUUUUCAUCCCUUGUCAAUAAGGCCUACAACACGUUACAGACGCCCCUAAAGCGGGCCAUACACUUAUUGCACCUGAAAGGGGCUGUGAUUGACGAAGACCAAAGGGUUGAAGAUCCGGAAUUUUUGAUGGAAAUUAUGGAAUUAAAUGAAGAAGUAAGCUAG